GUUCAACUGCCCAAACAAUUCUGAGCUCCAACAAAAACCCACCACUAUUAACUAUUAAUUAUUACAUAAUUACACAAAAGAAGACCAGAGAUACAGAGGAAACAGAGAUUAUGAGCGGGUUUCAGGUAAAUUCCUCCUCCGGGUUUGGUCGCCUUCUGCCUCAGACCACUUCUCAUUCUCACCAACAGUACGAUGAUUCCGCACUGGAAGGGGUGGCAGCACACGUGAAGUUGCUGUUGAAGCUGAUUAAAGAUCACAAAGAUGCCUGUGAUAAUAAGGAGAAAAAGAAUGACGCUCGGAGAAUGCUGAGGGUGGCCACAAUGAUGACCAUCCUCGACACCAUCAGAUCUAGAAUUCAAAAAUGCCAAUCAUUUGGCGGCAAGAGAUAUGCCGGUGAUGACGAGAAAGAUAAGCUGAGAAGGGAGCUGGGUGCGAGCUUGGCCGCACGGAAAAGCCUUGAGAUUAUGUGCUCGAGUUUGGGGAAAGAGAAGGAGAUCAUGGCUGCAGAACUCUUAAAGAAGGUGCACGAAUUGAGUGAGAUGGAGGAGCUUAUAAAUGACCUCAAGGAUCAAAACGAGACGUUGCUGGAGAAAGUACGGGAAUGUGCUUUGAAGCACAGGGAUGAGAAUGGGGAUGAUUGUUUAGGAAGGGGAGGAGGCGGGGGAGGAGGAGAAUCACAGGGGAGUGCAUCUCUCCAGGAGAGGAACAAGGUUCUCUCAGAACAGCUCUUGAGGUCGCUUGAUGGGAAUCGGUCGAUGAAGAUGAAGCUGAGAGACGCAGAGGAAGAGAAUGUGAUGAUGCAGAGUGCAAUGGAUGAGAUGAGGGCAGAAGUUGUGACGAGUCUUGAAAGAGUUCGGAGCUUUAAGGAGCGUAUGUUAGUGUCGUCAGAGAACAAUAUUCCCCCAGUUGAUGUUCAGGAAGAGAUUGUGGCUUUGGAGAAUAUGUUUGAGUGCUUCCAAAUGCUGGUUGCAAAGUAUGAUCAAAAGCAGCAAGGAGAGUGCGCUAAGAUAACAAGCGAGAUCAAUGCUCGUAAGCCUUCUGUUCUAGCAUGAGGAGAAGAGAUAUAAUUUAGGACCAGAAGCAGAGGAAUGAGUUUAACUUUUUAUCUGAAUUUUCUUGCAUUCUUACGGAAUUUAGACUUUCUUUGCCUCUAACCAAUGGCGUUAUGAUAAAAUAUAAUCAGGUGAGGUAUAUAAGACUUCUGUGCAACUGGGUAUUGAUUUGUAUAGCUUAUUUAGCCUGUAUUGUACUUGAAUAGUGGUGUUUGUAAAGUACAAAUUCAUAUGGCUGAAACCUAUGUAAAUCAAUGUAAUACUGUUGGCCAAGAAAUUGAAAUUCAUUCCAGU